GGGACUUCUUGUUACAGGCCCAGGAAUGUGCCAACGUCCCAGUUUGGGAUCUGCCAGCCCGGCUUGGGCGGUGGCUUCCCUCCCUCCAGGGUCACCCUAGGGAAUGAGACGGGAGGGCCAGGCACAAGGGUGGCGCUGCUCCGCUGCCACUCCCCGCCACACCCCUGCUCACCGGAGCAGCGGGAACAACGCGAUCGGGCUGAGCCGAGGAGGAAGAAAUGGGAGCUGGCGGGAGAAGGGGAGCGAGCGGGACUGUGCGAAGGGGAGAAUGUGUCUGGGAGCAAAACACCGACACCCCCCAAGGCAGGGUGGGAAACGGGCCCCACGCCAGACAGCCCGGAGGGCAGGGGAGCCCACCGCGUCCUUCCCCGCGCCGGCCUGUGGCACGCACUAAAGCCGGCUUGCAGCUGAAGGCUGGGCUGGCAGGUCCCUCCCCCACCCUUCUGCAGGCCCGCAGACGUCAUGGGAGGGAGGUAUAAAAUUUCAGCGGAGAGGAAUAGAGAGUCAGUGUGUGUGAGAGAGCGAGGGGGCCCCGGGGCCGGGGAGGGCGAGCGAAAGGGACUCGGAGCACCGGGCUCCGGCUGCGCGCUGGGGGAUACCGCCAGCAGAGCGCCUAGGAGAGGGGCGAGGGGCAGGGCUGCCCCAGGCUCCCACCUGGAUUCCCGCGGAGGCGCCAGAGGGAUGUGCAGCCCGGCCGUCGCUUAAUUGCGCCCAGCCCCGAGUCAGCAGCCAAUGGAGCCAAGCGGCAGCGAAUGACAAACCCCACCCUGCCCCCCGAGGGGAUGUGAGCUAAGGGCAGCGCGUGGAUGGUGCGUGCCCGCAACAAGUGCCGAGCCCGCGCCUGCCCGGCCCCGGGGGGCUGCCCUGCCCUGCCCGACACGUGCGCCGCAGGUCGCUGCUCCAGGGACCUGCCUCGAGCUGCCAGCCUGCCCCGCGGCACAGUCGAGCUUCAGCGUCGCUGCUGUUGUUCCUGGCAGUGCGCUUCGUGCGCAGCCCCCCUCCCCUGCCCUGGUCUGCCUGGAGCCCUGGCUCAGCGGGUCCUGCUUGCACACAUGGAGAAGGAUCCCGGCUCGCCGAGGCACAGAGCCUGUUUCUCCUUCCUAAGUGUUGCCAGCGCUUCCUGGAAGUCCUGAAUCGCUCACAGCGCUGUGAGUUCAUGCACCUUCUUGCCAAGCCUCAGUCUGCAGGAUCUGGGGAGGCUGCACCGAAAGCCCUGCCUGGUCUCCCUAGCCCACUUGCGCUUCCUCUGGGGUCUCUCUCCGCUGUGGCCCCCUCUUUACUCUCGCACAUGAAGAUGCACUUGCAACGGGCUCUGGUGGUCCUCUGCCUGCUGAGCUUUGCCACCGUCAGCCUCUCGCUCUCCUCUUGCACCAGCCUAGACCUUGACCACAUCAAGAAGAAGAGGGUGGAGGCCAUUAGGGGGCAGAUCCUGAGCAAACUGAGGCUCACAAGCCCCCCCGAGACAGUGGGACCAGCUCAUGUGCCCUACCAGAUCCUGGCCCUAUAUAACAGCACCAGGGAGCUGCUGGAGGAGAUGGAGGAGGAAAAGGAGGAGAGCUGCGCUCAAGACAGUCUCGAGUCCGCCUACUACGCCAAGGAGAUCCACAAAUUUGACAUGAUCCAAGGUCUCCCUGAGCACAAUGAGUUGGGCAUCUGCCCCAAGAGCAUCACCUCCAACGUGUUCCGCUUCAACGUGUCCUCAGCAGAGAAGAACAGCACCAGUCUGUUCCGGGCUGAAUUCCGGGUGCUGCGAGUGCCCAACCCGAGCUCUAAACGCAGUGAGCAGCGCAUCGAGCUCUUCCAGAUCCUCCGGCCUGACGAACACAUAGCAAAGCAGCGCUACCUCAAUGGCAGGAAUGUGCAGACGAGGGGCUCUGCAGAGUGGCUGUCCUUCGAUGUCACUGAGACUGUGCGUGAGUGGCUCCUGCGCAGAGAGUCCAAUCUGGGUUUGGAGAUCAGCAUCCAUUGUCCAUGUCACACCUUUCAGCCCAAUGGAGACAUCUUGGAAAACUUUAACGAGGUGCUGGAGGUCAAGUUCAAAGGCAUCGACAGUGAAGAUGACCAUGGGCGUGGGGACUUGGGGCGACUGAAGAAGCAGAGGGGCCUUCACAACCCCCACCUGAUUUUGAUGAUGUUACCCCCCCAUCGGCUUGAGAGUCCAGCUCUGGGAGGCUACAGGAAGAAACGAGCUCUAGACACCAAUUACUGCUUCCGGAACAUGGAGGAGAACUGCUGUGUGCGUCCUCUCUACAUCGACUUUCGACAGGACCUGGGUUGGAAAUGGGUCCAUGAGCCCAAGGGCUACUUCGCCAACUUCUGCUCAGGCCCUUGCCCAUACCUCCGCAGCGCAGACACAACCCACAGCACGGUGCUGGGCCUGUAUCACACGCUGAAUCCAGAGGCGUCUGCCUCACCCUGCUGUGUCCCCCAGGACCUGGAGUCCCUCACCAUCCUGUAUUAUGUUGGGAGGACCCCCAAAGUGGAGCAGCUCUCCAACAUGGUGGUGAAAUCCUGCAAGUGCAGCUGAAAGGCACCCAGCCCUACCCAAAGCUAAGAGAGAAACUGUUACCACCUACUCUCCGGCUCCCAGAGUAACAUGAAGGGAACAAGGGGGCCAGAGACCUGAGCACACUAAGGCCUGGGCUUCUAACCCUGCAGUUCAGGACAUAUCACCCACUUUGGGGAUCCCUUUUGGAACAUUUAUCUGUCUUGGUGGCUCCAUGUACUUCUCUCUGAGAGUCACUUUGGUGAUGUGAAGACGACACUUUUCAGAAUGGCUGGACAUUUGGUGGGGAAGAGAGGGGCACUGAAUGGAUAAACUGCACAGUGUUUGGAGGCAGGGGAUAGCUGAGAAUGGGAAGCAGGAAAGUGUGAUGAGCGUGUUGGAAAGGAGGAAGGGAGGCUGGACAAUCCUUCCUGUUCUGGCUCCAGAUAUCCUGGGACUCCAGCCCUCUCUCUGUCCUGAAGAAUCAGGAUUUCUUUAUGAAGGAACAAAUAAGUUUAAAAAAAAAAUAAAGUUCACCAAGAAGGGGAUCUGAGAGACACACUCAGGCUCUUGCUGCCUCAGAGUUGGGAUGCAGGAGUCCCACAACUUACACUGUAUCCUGCAAAUCACAAAGGUCCAUUCUGUAGCUCCUGAAUACUGAGGUCUAAAUCCAAAUCACAAGCCCCACAUUCAAGCUGCUCAGGAUGGGCUGAUCUGAGAAGAGAAGGGAAGGGUGUGCUAACUCCAUUCACAGAAGGCUUGAUGUCUCCAUUUCCUUGCCAUGCAGCUCCUCUCCCCUCCUGGAGGUCCUACUAGAUGGUUUUUGUGUCAGUGCAGGUACCGUCGCUCCUGUGGGUACCUAGAUUUGGACCCAUCCAGUCUUGGGUUGUUCCCCCAAAGGACCCUGUGUUUGUUGUGGUGCAUGAGGUGCCUUAAGGAAUUCUGCAUCUCUCCUGCACAGGGACCUAGCCCAGGCUCACCUGCCAAGGUUUCAAAACAAUAUUAAUCUUAAAACCAUUGUAAAAAAAUAAAUAUUUUUUGGGG